GGCACAGGACUUUUUUGUUGGAGAGAUACAACACUCCUCUCCUCCCCAACCAUCAUGGCGAUAGCGAAACCCAUUCGAGUGCUAGGUCUGGCAGCUGUAGGAUUAUGGAUUUUCUUCCUAUACCAAAUAUUUGGCCCAACCAGGUAUCCCAAAGGCCCUGGUGAUACCCUCAAGAAUAUGGACAGAGACCCCAACCUGGACCUCACAGAUGAGCCUGAAGGAUUGUUGUGGAGGGCGGACAAAGGAUACGGGUUAGGUGCUGAAGGGACGAAUCGAAUAAACGCUACCCUCCUAUCUUUGGUUAGAAACGAGGAGGUUGAUGGCAUGGUACAAGCCAUGCGAGAUCUCGAAAGAACGUGGAAUUCGAAAUUUAAUUACCCAUGGACCUUCUUCAAUGAUGUGCCAUUCUCGGAGGAGUUCAAGAGGCGGACGAAGGCAGAGACGAAAGCAGAGUGUAUAUAUGAAACUAUUCCAAAAGAACACUGGGACGUUCCCUCAUGGAUCGACGAGGAGCUCUUCCAAGAAUCCGCCAAAAUCCUCAAGGAGAAUGAUAUCCAGUACGGAGCCAUGAAGUCCUAUCAUCAGAUGUGCCGAUGGAACAGUGGUCUCUUCUACAAACACCCCGCUCUUGCGAACACACAAUUCUAUUGGCGAGUCGAGCCAAAGGUCCAUUUCUUCUGCGAUGUGGACUAUGAUGUUUUCCGAUACAUGCAAGACCACAAUAAAACCUACGGCUUCACGAUCAAUCUGUACGAUGCGCCACAAUCGAUUCCUACGCUGUGGCCCGAGACUACGAAGUUCGUUGCUGCUCAUCCCGAAUACCUUCACGACAACAAUGCGAUGCAAUGGCUGUCAGAUGCGACAAGGAGACCCGAGCACAAUAUGAAAGCGAAUGGAUACUCCACAUGCCAUUUCUGGUCCAAUUUUGAGAUUGCGGAUAUGAGUUUCUGGAGGAGUCAAGCGUAUGAAGACUAUUUCAAUCAUCUGGAUCGUGCGGGUGGAUUUUUCUAUGAGAGAUGGGGAGACGCACCUGUGCACAGUAUUGCUCUUGGAUUGUUCGAAGACUCGAGCAAGAUCCAUUGGUUCCGUGACAUCGGAUACCAACACAUCCCGUACUUCAAUUGCCCCAACUCACCGAAGUGCAAGGGCUGCAUGACCGGCCGCUUCACAGACGGCGAGUCCUGGCUCAUGAAAGAAGAUUGCCGGCCGAACUGGUUCAAAUAUGUUGGAAUGGGAUAGACUGUACUUUUAUGACACGAUCUGGGAAUGGUUAGGGUGUAUUUAUGUCAGCUUGAGUGUUUUGUGAUCUGAGUGAGCAUUGGCAAGGCGUUCGGAGGGCACAGGUAACUGUACAGUAAUAGUCUUAUCUGGAUUAGAGGAUUCUUUCUUCAAUUGUAGAAUGGAGGCGUUGAUGAUCACGCCACUUCCUUCCAUAUCUUUCCUUUAUCUUGCUUCGAGUUAAGUGAUUGCAGGUGUGGACCUUCGAAAGGUUACGUACGGGAACUCUCUUAGCGGACUGUUGAUUCGCAUCGUGUAUUCCUGCUGAGUUACUAAGAACCUGGCCUAAACGCCGAUACAGUCACGGAGCAUGCAAUAUGCAAGGCUGACAACCAUCACUAUGGACUGAUACGAUUAUAUCGAAUGAUGAAUGAUGAUCGCCGGUACACGUUGAGAGACUUACAUUCAUGCUUCAAGCCUACAUAGGUACAUAGAGCGCCCGCACAUAUUCGUUCCUGCGGCAAUGCAGUCGGGUAUCUCGAAGUCUACCUAAGUCUUGACCGCUCACUCUUACUUAAAUCAUACGUCACGAAGAAAGAGAAGUAUUGAGAGCUCGGAACUCCGUAACAGGGUUAAUUGAAUAAGGCAAAUGUUUUGCAUUGUGCAAAAGGAAUAUUAUUGGUUGGGUAUCGGAGAUUUGCCCAGCGUUGUUGAUUUAGCUCGCGGGUAGUUCGCUAGAGCGAGGCUGGGAAGCCAGCCGAGGUUUGAGGGGUACAGAUUCCUGGAUCGCCGUCUC